UUAUUCUGAUAAGUACCACAGAUGUCAAAGAGAUUGUUUGGAAACACUCUGGUACAAGCAAACACAUUGAAUAGACGUGUUGAUACGAGUUUACAUAAAUAUAAGAAAGGUUUUCCUUAAUAAUUUCGGUGUUUGGAACGAUUGACGCGCUAGAACGGUUGAAACGCUACCGAUUCCAAGGAAAAAUAAUAAAUUGUGCUAUUACGUUUAGGGUGAUUGUUGAAUUACAAAAAAAAAUCAAAAUGAGCACGAAAUUGGCGGGCUAUAGUGAAACGGUAAUUUGUCCAUACAACAAGUGUCACGUCAUUCUGAAGGAGCGCAUCCAAACUCAUUUGGUGAAAUGUGCUCGUAGCUACCCGAAUAUACAACUCGAAAUAUGCCCGUUCAAUGCUACCCAUCGUUUUCGUGCUGAAGAUAAAGCGCGUCACAUGGAAGAAUGUUCAUCACGUGAAAUCUUUGAUCGUUUGCAUUACCAAGUCGGUAACAGCGUUACAAGCAACAAUGCGCCAGUUGCUCCAUCCUCACAAUCACGACCACGAUUGCAAGUUAGUAAUGACUGCGAAGAAAAUUGGGAUCACUACGAUUUUCCAACAUAUGAUCCACAAAAUUAUGCAAAGAAUGCGAAUGUGCUGCGCAGUGUACCUCUAUUGCAGCCAUCUGAACGUCGCAAGUUUGCUGAUGAGGAACGAAAACGUUUAAGUGAAUUGGAACGACGCCGCCAACCACGAAACCAUCGACGCGACGAUUCAAAUUGAAAAUUAAAACAAACCAUCGCAAACCAUCAAACAUACUUACAAAAAAAAAAAACAAUUCAUAUAAAAUACAUUUUUGUUAAUUAAGGUUUAAAUAUGUUGACAGAUAUAUAAAAAAAAUAGCAUAUCUAUUUUACGGAUAUUUACACAUACACAUUUGUGUAUGUCAGUUACCUUUUUCUACCCAAUAGAGUAAUUAUAUUUCAUAUAAGAGUAAAUUUU